UAUCACUUGGAGGACGUGAUAGUGGGCAAGAUCUACUUUCUGCUAGUUCGAGUGAAGAUAAAAUACAUGGAAGUACAGAUCCUGCGUCGCGAGUCGACAGGGUUGGGCGCGGUAAAUACCUUUACUGAUAUGGAAACGUUGGCCAAGUUUGAGAUUAUGGACGGAGCUCCCGUGCGCGGAGAAUGUAUACCCAUCCGCCUCUUUCUUGGCGCCUACGAUCUUACGCCCACGAUGAAGGACAUCAACCGCAAGUUCUCGGUUCGUUACUACCUCAACCUCGUGCUUCUUGAUGAGGAGGAGAGGCGCUAUUACAAACAGCACGUAUGUUAA